AUGUUGGACUCAGAAGAGUGUACUUUGUCCCUGGAUAACUUGUUCUUUGAGAGGCCAGUUGUCCACAAAGUAAAGCCACUUUGUCAAGAGCAGAGUUCUUGGCAGUUGGAACCCCCUCCAUCCCUCUCCCAGAUUCCAGCCACUCAGGACAUCCAAAAAGAGGCAGAGGAUCUUUCAUUAUUCAGUUUCUCUCAGAGGUCCAAGAAAUUCAUUCCCCCUUUGAAAAGAACAGUCGGCAGUGAUGGUUUCAUACAAAAGAACACAGAUUUUAAUCAAAUUACCAGUGAUGGAGGAAAAGAACCUGAGGGCCAGGGUGGGUGUGCUCUCUGGUCUCAGGAAGACUUCAUGAACAAGUCCCAGUGUUCCACAAUGGUCAGCAGAGGUCGAACUGAAACCCCACAGGAGUCUGGUCAUGCGCUGGAGCAGAAACAUUUUCCUCUGGACUUCAGCCAAAGCCCACCUGUACGGAGAAGUUUGUUCAAACCUCACAUUGGUCAGGUGCUGAACAGUGGUGCAGACUUGAACACCCGCCACAGCCAGACAAGACCCAGAGAGCAGCAAACCUUCAACCAGGUUUCCAUGGCGACAGAGCCUCGACUGGCAAGACCGUCAGCAUCAGGCCCCAGCCACCUCAGCGGGCUGGGUCCGGCUGCAGCCCGGGGACCCCCACCGCAUACACCGGAUAAGGGUACCAAGAGGGCUAACGUCCUCCCCAUGACACCCCAGCCCCUUCAGAUACAAGGUACUUCUGGGCCUGGGAUACUCCGACCAGUCUCUGAAAUCCAUGCAAAAUUCAGAUCUGUCUUCAAAGAGUUCCCUUACUUCAACUACGUCCAAUCCAAAGCCUUGGAUGAUGUUCUUUACACAGGAAAGAACGUUGUGGCUUGUGCUCCUACUGGUUCUGGUAAGACAGUGCUCUUUGAGUUGGCCAUCAUCCGCCUACUGAUGGAAACCACAGAGCCCUGGAGAAACGUCAAAGCUGUUUAUAUGGCCCCCAUCAAAGCUCUAUGCAGCCAGCGCUUCGAGGACUGGAAGAAGAAAUUCGAGCCUCUGGGCCUGAGCUGCAAGGAGCUGACCGGAGACACAGAGAUCGACGACUUCUUUGAGAUUCAGGACGCCCAUAUCAUCAUGACCACACCUGAAAAAUGGGACAGCAUGACCAGGAAGUGGAGGGAUAACUGCCUGCUGCAGUUGGUCCGGCUUUUCCUUAUUGACGAGGUGCACGUGGUGAAAGACACUACGCGUGGAGCGACACUAGAGGUGGUGGUGAGCAGGAUGAAGGCGGUCCAUGCCUUCCGUGCAGCAGAGAACCCCCAGGAGGACGUCUCCAUGAGAUUUGUGGCUGUCUCCGCCACCAUCCCCAAUAUCAAGGAUAUAGCAGACUGGCUGUGUGACAACAGAGGCCCUGCUACUUGUCUGGAGAUGGAUGAGAGUCACAGACCGGUGAAACUGAGGAAGGUAGUGCUGGGUUUCCCCUGCAGCAGCAACCAGACUGAGUUCAAGUUUGACCUGUCACUCAACUACAAGAUGGCCAACAUCAUCCAGACCUACUCGGACCAGAAACCAACCCUUGUUUUUUGCUCAACAAGGAAAGGAGUCCAGCAGUCAGCCGCUGUUCUGGCCAAGGAUGCCAGGUUCAUCAUGAGGAUUGAGCAUAAACAACGGUUGAUGAAGUAUGCGAACUCUCUCCUGGACUCGAAACUCAGAGAUCUGGUGACGUUUGGGGUUGGUUUCCACCACGCCGGGGUAGACGUGUCCGACAGGAAGGUGAUUGAAGAGGCCUUCACCAUGGGAGACCUGCCUGUACUGUUUACAACCAGUACUCUGGCGAUGGGGGUGAACCUGCCAGCCCACCUGGUGGUGAUCAAGUCCACCAUGCACUACAUCGGGGGAGCCUGCAAGGAGUACAGCGACGCCGACAUGCUGCAGAUGAUUGGCCGAGCAGGUCGGCCACAGUUUGAUACGUCAGCAACCGCAGUGAUCAUGACCAAGACUCACACCAAAGACAAGUACAUGCAGUUCAUGAAUGGGGCAGAAAUUAUUGAGAGCAGCCUGCACACCCACCUUGUGGAGCACCUGAACGCUGAGAUCGUCCUCCACACCAUCUCAGACGUCAACAUGGCCCUGGACUGGAUCCGCUCCACCUUCCUCUACAUCAGAGCACUGAAGAACCCCAAACACUACGGUUUUUCCACCGACUUGGACCGAUGUGGGAUCGAAGCCAAAUUGCAAGAGCUCUGUCUGAAGAACCUGAACUCCCUGGCCUCCAUUGGUCUGGUCUCCAUGGAUGAGGAUGUCAACAUCAAGGCUACAGAGGCAGGCAGGUUGAUGGCCAGGUACUGUGUGGCAUUUGACACCAUGAAGCAGUUCAGCAAGGUGACUGGCACUGAGACCUUACCUGAGCUGAUAGAAUUAAUGGCGAAGGGCAGAGAGUUCACUGACGUGCAGCUGAGAGUGAACGAGAAGAGAACCCUGAACACGUUGAACAAGGACAAGAACAGGAUCACCAUCAGGUAUCCCAUGGAGGGAAAGAUCAAAAACAAUGAGAUGAAGGUGAACUGCUUGAUUCAGGCCCAGUUUGGCUCCAUUCCAAUUCAAGAGUUUGGACUCACACAAGACACCGGUAGAAUCUUCCGGAAUGGAGUCCGAAUCAGCAGAUGUUUGGCAGAGUUUCUAAACCAGCGCUCCAAGACAGGCUUCUCUGCUCUGCUCAACUCCCUGAUACUGGCCAAGUGCUUCAAUGCCAAGCUGUGGGAGAACUCUCCUUACGUCUCAAAGCAGCUGGAGAAAAUAGGGUUGACUCUUUCAUCCGCCAUGGUGAACGCUGGGCUCACCACCUUCAGUAAGAUAGAGAAGACCAACGCCAGGGAACUGGAGCUGAUCGUCAACAGACAUCCUCCAUUCGGAAACCAAAUCAGAGAGGCUAUCAUCAAUCUACCCAAGUAUGAAGUUUGUUUGGAGCAGCUUCCAAGAUACCAUGUCGCCACCGCAGAGAUUGUCGUGACUGUGAACGUGAAGAACCACGAACAGCUGCUGUCAAAGAGAACUGCUCCUGACCACCACUAUGUCACCAUGAUCAUCGGGGACUGUGACAACAACGUAGUCUUCCUGCAAAAACUCACAGACUUGAUGCUGUUGAAGUCGGGAAGCUGGUCAAAGAAGAUCGAAGUGGCGAAAGCCUCCAAAGGAGAGGAGAUCAAUAUGAAUCUGGUCAGCUCAGAAUACGUGGGGUUGGACAUUCAACAGAAGUUUAGUCCCUUCUUCUCUGGACCGAAGAGUUACGGAGCUGAAUCACUCACACCUGAGCAACAUAACACCGUGCAGCAAGCACAGGCUAAUGCUCAGAGAUCACAGGGUGCAACACAGAGAACACAGCCAACAGCUCAGCAAACACAGAAGAGAAACUCCACAUCCACAUGUGCCACAGAAAAGGAUCCAGGCAAAAGACAAUGUAACCACUUAUGCAAAAACAAGGAUCAAUGUGGCCACGACUGUUGUAAAAAUGGAGGGCCGGGGGUUCUGAAAAGGCAGAUGAAUCAGCAUUCGAGUUUCACCUCCUACCUCCAAGACCUGAAGACCAGGAGUGACACACUGACAGAGACACCAGUCAAACGCCUCAAGAUGAGAAUGAAUGGCGGGAUGGGAGCUGCGAACAUGCAACAGUUCUCUUAUUCACCUAAGCCAAUCCUACCUGCUUCUUCUAGGUAUGAAGGUAACCAGUAUGGCGCUUUAGCAAGACCACAGAGUGUAGAUUCAGCUGAGGACUUUGCAACACCCCAAGAGAUGGCUUAUGUUGUGACCUAUGGCCAUGAGUAUAAUGACUACCUGGAAGACAUAUCUCAGACAACGGGAGAUUUGAAACCACCACCUGUUCAACUUCAGACCCUUACGGAGUCACAAAGCACUUCAAUGUGGAGGAAGCCCAAUGCCUACGAUGGAAGAUCCCUCAGCCACAGCACCCCCCAAAGCACCCCGCAAAGCCAGAGCAGGAGUUACCCUCAGAGCCACAGCACCCCCCAGAGCCAGAGCAGGGGUUACCCUCAGAGCCACAGCACCCUCCAGAGCCAGAGCAGGGGUUACCCUCAGAGCCACAGCACCCCCAGACAGAGCAGGGGUUACCCUCAGAGCCACAGCACCCCCCAGAGCCAGAGCAGGAGUUACCCUCAGAGCCACAGCACCCCCCAGAGCCAGAGCAGGGGUUACCCUCAGAGUCACAGCACACCCCAAAGCAGGGGUUACUCCCAAAGUAUCUCUCAGAGCCAGAGCAGAUGUUACCCACAGAGUCACUGCACCCCCCAAAGCAGGAGUUACCCUCAGAGCCACAGCACCCCCCAGAGCCAGUGCAGGAGUUACCCUCUGAGUCAAAGCACCGCCCAAACCCAGAGCAGGGGUAACAGUACCCCCCAAAACCAGAGCAAGUCUUUUUCUCAGAGUUCCAUUGUAGACUUGACCGACGACAGUGGUUUCUUCUCAUCAUCAAUCACCCCCAGCGUGACCUUUGACCUGGGAGACGAGUGGGACGAUUUUGACGAUGACAACUUGGUACACGCCAACGAGAAGCCAUGCACCACUGUUGCUAAAACUAAAGGGGUGGACCUGGACUGUGAUAGGCCAAAAGGAAACUCCACACCACUACCAUCCAUUUCCUUACUGCCCAAACCCCGCUUCACUACAUCCAAUUCCCCACUCAGGUUGACCUCGUCAGUUGUUUCUCAGAUACCAGUUACUACUCUCCCAGUCAGACCACACAACUCCCAGGCUACUGCUAGCUGGAGCCACUCUGACAACAAGGCCACAAGGACAUUCAGUGAACCCCCCAUGAAAGCACCACCCUCCUUCCCAAAACAGACUGACACUAGCUUGCCUCCCCUGGGACAACGGUUUGAUUUCUUCUCAAAGACGACUACCCCAAACAAUGACAAUGUGACUGGCAAAAGGCUCCAGGGAGAGGAUUGCAGCAAGGAAGUGGAGGCAUUCAUGGGGAUAUUUGAUGGACUAUUUUAGUAGUGUUUGUAGUUGUAUGGACUAUUUCCAUGAUGUUUCAUAGUGAUUUGUCAUGUUAUUGUGUAUGUAAUGUUCUUAUACUGUUAUUUAUACUGUUUGUUGUUUGGGAUUCGCUGUUAGAUUUACUGUUGGUCCUAUUUGAAAAUGUUUAUCUAGGAGUAUGAACUUUCAAUCUUCUUUAGCAGGAUUCCAAAAAUGUAAUAUUUCUGUGUACUUUAUUAAAUGAACACUAUUUAUUCAGAGGAAGUCUGAGGGUGUAGAGAGCAAUAGUAAUGGUGUCAUGGACCAUAUAAUGGUGUUUUAUUCCCUUUAGUGGACUGUCUUUAAAUUGCAGCUUGUAGCUGCACUUCCUGUGCUCACUAAGGGAGAAGACAGUAGGGGAUGUAACUGAGCUGGAUGUAACAUGCAGUAUAGCAUCCAGCUCAGAGUUACAUCCAGCUUUAGUUACAUCCAGUAUCCAAAAUCAGUUACAUCAAGCUCACAGUUACAUCCAGCAUCCUGCUGCACUUCCUGUGCUUGCUAUGGGAGAAGAUGAAGAAUCCAGAAAGCAGUUGGUUGUUGUUACCUAAAAGUUCCCACCUUCUUCAUCCUGUAUUUGAUAGCCCUUAUGCUGACACCAUCUGUAAGUAUUUAUGUUUCUGUAUGUUUUUAUAUGCUUACAUGUUAUUAAAGU